UCAUCACACAAUGAUAACCGGUGACAGUACCAGAAUCAGGUUUAGGUAGGCAGUCACACAUCGAAGAGCUUUGGUGAAACAGCAAGCGAUUCUCUGUCUGAAGUCCCGCAGAUAUCCACAGGGGAGUGUCUGUCGUGAUCAUUGAGCAGCCACAGUGAUACAGCAGUUCCUCCAUACACAGAUAUCCGCAAAAAUAUACACUGUAAGUGGAUUAAAAUGUCAGACAAAAGUGACCUGAAAGCUGAACUGGAACGCAAAAAGCAGCGUUUAGCUCAGAUACGGGAGGAAAAGAAGAGAAAGGAAGAAGAAAGAAAAAAGAAAGAGUCCGAGAUGCAGCAAAAAACAGAGCCGGUUCAUGAAGAUUCAGACCUUGACCGUAAGAGAAGAGAGACUGAGGCAUUACUGCAGAGCAUUGGCAUAUCCCCCGAGCCACCACUAGUGCAGCCGCUACAUUUGUUAACAUGGGAUACCUGUUAUUUUCAUUAUUUAGUCCCAACCCCUAUGUCUCCUUCUUCGAAAUCAGUGGGCACGCCCAGCGAAGCAGGCAGUCAGGACUCAGUUGAGUGUGGAGCAGUUGGAAGCAGAUUUAGGACCCUACAGUGGGACACUGACCCCUCUGUUCUACAACUACAGUCUGACUCUGAACUUGGUCGCAGAAUGCACAGACUGGGAGCAUCAAAAAUUACACAGGUGGACUUCCUACCAAAAGAAGUGGUGUCAUAUUGUAAAGAGACUCAGACCCCACUGGCAGCUCAUCCAGCUGAAGAGGAUGAAGAUGAUGAGGAGAUUGUUGAAACAAAACCAGGGCCAGAGUCGGAACUACUGGAUGAGGAGCAGAAGGAAGAAGCAAAAGAAGCUCACCCAAGGGAGCUGACUGAGGAAGAGAAACAGCAGGUUUUGCACUCAGAAGAAUUUCUCCUCUUCUUUGAUCGUACCAUUCGCAUUGUGGAGCGAGCUCUGGCUGAGGACUCUGACAUCUUCUUUGACUACAGUGGCCGGGAUCUGGAGGAUAAAGAAGGUGAUAUCCAAGCUGGAGCCAACCUCUCUUUCAAUCGAUUAUUCUACGAUGAGCACUGGUCAAAACACAGAGUUGUCACCUGCUUAGAUUGGUCCCCUCAGUACCCUGAACUUAUGGUUGCUUCUUACAAUAGCAACGAAGAUGCUCCCCAUGAACCAGAUGGUGCUGCCUUAGUGUGGAACAUGAAGUUUAAGAAAGCUACUCCAGAGUAUAUAUUCCAUUGCCAGUCUUCUGUAAUGUCAGUCUGCUUCGCUCGAUUUCACCCAAACCUGGUUGUUGGUGGCACAUACUCAGGGCAGAUCGUUCUGUGGGAUAACCGCAGUCACAGAAGAACCCCGGUACAGCGAACGCCUCUGUCUGCUGCUGCUCACACUCACCCAGUGUAUUGCGUAAAUGUGGUUGGGACUCAGAACGCAAACAAUCUUAUUACAGUCUCCACAGAUGGCAAAAUGUGUUCGUGGAACUUGGAUAUGCUCUCCCAGCCGCAGGAGAGCAUGGAGCUAGUGUACAACAAGUCCAAGCCUGUGGCUGUGACUGGCAUGGCCUUUCCAACAGGAGAUGUGAACAACUACGUGGUUGGGAGUGAGGAAGGUGCAGUUUACACGGCAUGUCGUCAUGGCAGUAAGGCUGGUAUUGGUGAAAUGUUUGAAGGUCACCAGGGUCCUGUUACUGGCAUCAACUGUCAUAUGGCAGUCGGCCCCAUUGACUUCUCCCAUCUUUUUGUCACUUCAUCAUUUGACUGGACCGUCAAAUUGUGGACCACAAAGCACAACAAACCUCUCGCCUCCUUUGAAGACAAUGCCGACUAUGUCUAUGACGUCAUGUGGUCCCCGGUGCAUCCUGCAGUCUUUGCCUGUGUGGAUGGAAUGGGCCGUUUGGAUCUCUGGAACCUGAACAAUGACACGGAGGUGCCAACUGCCAGUGUGACAAUUGAGGGGGCCUCUGCUCUGAACCGGGUCCGGUGGGCAGCAACAGGUAAAGAGGUGGCAGUCGGGGAUUCGGAGGGUCGAGUCUGGAUCUACGAUGUUGGCGAGCUUGCAGUCCCCCACGCUGAGGACUGGACUCGUUUCGCCAGGACCCUGGUGGAGAUCCGCGCAAAUAGAGCUGAUGCUGAAGAGGAAGGAGCUGUAGAACUGUCAAACUAGUCAACUGCGAGAAGCCUGCUCCACGUUCAUCAGGACCAUGUUAAGUGUCAAGCUGCAAAUGCUGCACCGGGUUUAUUAAGCCAGUGGUUGUUUCCAGCCUGCUUUUGUCAAAACUGUCAUACCUUUAAAGUGGUUCUGUACUGUAUUCAUUUUGUGAAAGCAAACCCCUUCUGAUCGAGUGUUUGACAGUUUAUAGCCAAGUCAAACGAUCCGGUUCAACUGCUAGCUGUUUGCCCUUUUCCUUUAGUAACUGUGUUUAAUAACUUGUAUUCACAGGCAAUACUGCCAUGGCACUAUUAAAUCCAUAUGAGGCUGACCGUGAUGAUAUUCAGAUGUGGUAGCUACCCUGUAUGGGACAGAGCCAGCACCUUUAGAUGCGGUGUUUCACACUGGUAUCUUACAUUGUAAAUGUGGAUACUGUAUGCACAUUGAUGUUUUUAUUUAUUGCACUGCAUGAAACUUAUUUAUUGGAAAGCAAUCAAAUAAUAUCAGCUAUACUCACGUUUACCCAAUUAAAGUUAUACAGUUGGAGGUAUUGAAAACUUUCUUGCUGCCUAUAUCCCUUGUUUACCUGUAUAAAUGUGAAUGCUUGGAAAGGGCUUGUUUUGGUUAUGUGCCUAUUAAUGUAUCGUACUUGGACCAUAACUCAAAUAAAGUGUCACUGUAUA